UUUUUUAUAACAAUUUUCACGCGCAACUCGUGUAAACUACGCGAAUUUGCAAUUCAUUAAAACAUGCGCGCGCGCGUGCGCUUCAUGAAUUUCAAUAGGUCUUGAGAGCUAUUUAACUUUGGGAGAAAAGUCUAUGAAAGUGUCAGUCGAUUGCGAAACAUGAAUGGAUCCACAAUGCGCGACAGCCGAGUGAACAGGCACAGGUGUCAGACAGCUGACAGGAUGGUGACGACGACAGAGCAGUGCAGACGGAAGUGUGGGCGGAUUUGCCUGUUUGCAGCUCCGCUGCUCCUCGUCGUCCUCAUGUCCAUUGAUUCGACUGUGGGCGGCCAGACGACGACCAUUGUACGUCAUACGGACACAGUGGAGCCGCAGUUGGAUGGCUUCUGGACGAAUCGAACUACUUGGAAUGCACGGUGGGUGAAGUACUGGCGGGCCAAGCGCAUUUACGAGCCUGUGUGGAAAAAGGUCUGGACACCGACCAUACUCAGGGAGUGGAUACCGCUGCCCAACGCGCCGGCGCCCGAUGCCUGGAAGGAGAAGAAGGGCAAACAUGAACUGGACUCCUACUCCUAGACUCAUGACAAGACUGACCAACCUUUAGGCAUUAGGUUUAUUUAUUUAUUUAUUU